UGGAGUCCAGCGAUGUAUACGGAAUAAAUAACCACCAAGUGACCAGGGAACGUUCUUGAGGAUUUCUAGUAACUCAUCUUUAGAAUUAAAUCUUACUUGAAAGAUAUUUGGAGCUGGAGUACGAAAUUGAAUGUCUGUAUACUGAGACCAAACCGGAGGAUCAUGAGAAAGAUUACAGUAAAGAAGCAGAUGAAGAACUAAUAACCCUCUCCAGUAGUAAUUUAUAUGAUACGUGUGUCUAUGCAAGAAAAUCGAGGAUAUCUUGUACCAAAAACACCCACUGAAUGCAUAAAGGGAUAAGCAGGAGAAUAAAUUUGUUGACCAACAGGAUAAGCCAUACAGGUUAAUUGGGGAAACAGGACAAACGUCUCUGGAGCAAUUUGCAAACGCAUACAACAACAACAGGGCAGGAAGGACAUAUUUUUAAAGGAAAUCUGCUCAUUGAAACAAUAAAAAGACGAGAAAAUGGAUAAGAACAAAGACGAAAACCGGAAGACAACAACGAAUUAAGGAUAGCAAUUAAGAAGCAUGCUUAAAAGGCAAGAAGAAAAAGACAAAGUUUGAAGUUAGGGCAACAGUAGACAUAAAAUUAGAGAAAGACAAAGUAAAAAUCACCGUAAGAGAACAGACUACGAGAAGAUUAGUAUGAAGUUCAGGUAAGAAAACUGAUUAGAAACAUGAAUUGAAGGAAGAAAUCAGAAAGAUAACACCUUGACUUGAGGUUGACCAACAUUGACUAUCGCCUGCCUUGAAAGCCUAAGUUCAUCGGUGCCUGCGGUGUAGGUCACAUUAAGUCGGCAAAAGAUCACUCUUCCUUCCCAGCGAAACAUUAUGGGAAAUUGGCCUCUCUGAUUAGGACUCUUAAGUCCCGAGAGUACUUUCAAAAUUCUGAUUUCUCAUUUCUUAGGUUUUGAUCUCCAUUUAGCUAAUCUAAUAGGGUUUCAUUGAUAAGAGAAUGGAGGAAGAAGAACCUGGGAAGAAAAAACCAAGUGUAGUACUAGUAAUUGAUGUUGAAAAUGGAUUCGAUUUAGAGAAAUCCGUAUGUAGCCAUGGAUUAUUCAUGAUGCCACCAAAUGUAUGGAACCCAGAAACAAAAUCACUUGAACGCCCUUUACGUCUACUCUCUGAUCCUUCAACUUCACUCACUGUUCACAUUUCCUCCUCCCACUCUUCAUGUCUCCAUGUCCAUGUUUUAGAUACACUUACUCUCUCUAAGCAAGAUGAGCAACAUUUGCUCUCUCAGGUAUCAAGAAUGUUGAGGUUGUCAGAGAAUGAAGAAAUCAAUAUAAGGGAGUUUCAGAAAAUGCAUUUAGAAGCUAAAAUGAGAGGAUUUGGUAGAGUUUUUAGGUCACCAAGUUUGUUCGAAGAUAUGGUUAAGUGCAUUCUGCUCUGCAAUUGUCAGUGGCCGAGAACUUUGGCGAUGGCUCGAGCACUGUGUGAGCUCCAGUUGAAGCUAAAGCCGCAAGUGGUUGCAGAAGCUGCAAGUUCAAAAGCUUCAGCUGAACAUUUCCUACCAAAGACACCCAAUGUCAGAGAGAAAAAGAGGAAACAUGUAAUGACUGAAACUGGUCACACAGAUUUAGAAAACAAUUCAUCCACGGGUGAGGUAGAAUUAGAUGAGAAAAUCUACGAAGAAGAACGAGAUGGUUCUCAUGAGUAUUGCAACCCCUGUGAGACAAUGAAAGAAAGCAGAAUUGAAGGUUUCAAAUGUGGAAUAGGAGACUUUCCCAGUGCAGCUGAAUUGGCAAAUCUUGAUGAUCAAUUUUUGGCGAAGCAAUGCGGACUUGGAUAUAGAGCUGCACGGAUGGUGAAACUUGCUCAGAGUAUUGUAGAAGGAAAGCUUCAACUAGAAAAACUUGAAGAAGAAAUAGUUUCAGCUGGAGCUGUUCCUUCUGUCUUUGAUAAGUUGGCAUCCCAGUUGUCAAAGAUCUAUGGAUUUGGGAAUUUUACGUGUGCUAAUGUGCUCAUGUGUAUGGGAUUUUAUCAGGUGAUUCCGACUGAUAGUGAAACAAUUAGGCACUUGAAAAAGGUCCAUCGGAUAAGCUGCACAAACCGAACUGUUCAAAGUGCGGUUGAGAAGGUUUAUGACAAGUACAAGCCUUUCCAAUUCUUGGCGUACUGGUCAGAGGUAUGGCACUUUUAUGAGGAAACUUUUGGGAAGACAAGUGAAAUGCCUCACUCAGAUUAUCAGCUUAUUACUGCACAUAACAUGAGAGCUAACAAAAAGAAAAAUGUAUACUCAGUCGGAUUGAAUUUCAAGCUUCCAACAAAGGUUUGGAGCAGGAAUCAACGACAAGAUUGCCGUUGCCUAUUUAUAACGAGGGUUCUUGCUUAUGUUCCCUUUGAUCUCCUACUUGUGCAAAAGUCAUGUAGGCACUAAAUGGCUGUGCAGGUUUGUCUUUU